AUGAACGGCACAGAGGGACCAUAUUUCUAUGUCCCUAUGGUAAACACCACGGGCGUUGUCCGGAGUCCUUAUGAAUACCCUCAGUACUACCUUGUCAACCCAGCAGCUUACGCUGCCCUGGGUCUCUACAUGUUCCUGCUCAUUAUUCUUGGCUUCCCUAUCAACUUCCUCACUCUGUACGUCACCAUCGAACACAAGAAGCUGCGAACCCCUCUAAACUACAUCCUGUUGAACCUUGCGGUGGCUGACCUCUUCAUGGUGUUUGGAGGAUUCACUACGACAUUGUACACCUCUUUGCACGGCUACUUCGUCCUAGGACGCCUUGGUUGCAAUCUGGAAGGAUUCUUUGCUACAUUCGGUGGUAUGAUUGCCCUCUGGUCACUGGUUGUUCUGGCUAUUGAAAGGUGGGUGGUUGUCUGCAAGCCCAUCAGCAACUUCCGCUUUGGGGAGAACCACGCAGUGAUGGGUGUGGCCUUCACCUGGGUGAUGGCCUUAUCUUGUGCUGGGCCCCCGCUACUUGGCUGGUCUCGUUACAUCCCUGAGGGCAUGCAGUGCUCAUGUGGGGUGGACUACUACACACGUGCAGAAGGCUUUAAUAAUGAGUCCUUUGUGAUCUACAUGUUUCUCUGCCACUUCAUCAUUCCAAUGACUAUCGUUUUCUUCUGCUACGGCCGUCUGCUCUGUGCUGUCAAGGAGGCCGCUGCUGCCCAGCAGGAGUCUGAGACCACCCAGAGGGCUGAGAAGGAAGUCUCCCGUAUGGUAGUGAUGAUGGUCGUCUCCUACCUGGUGUGUUGGUUACCCUAUGCCAGUGUGGCCUGGUUUAUCUUUACAAAUAAGGGCUCUGAGUUUGGACCACUCUUCAUGACCCUCCCGGCCUUCUUUGCCAAGACUGCAGCAGUCUACAACCCAGUGAUCUACAUUUGCAUGAACAAGCAGUUCCGCCACUGCAUGAUCACCACCUUGUGCUGCGGGAAGAAUCCCUUUGAGGAGGAGGAGGGAGCAUCCUCUACGAAGACCGAGGCCUCAUCUGUCUCCUCCAGCUCUGUGUCUCCUGCAUAA